AUGGAAAACGACAAGGGUCAACUAGUGGAACUAUACGUUCCAAGAAAGUGUUCUGCUACCAACAGAAUUAUCAAGGCCAAGGACCAUGCUUCCGUCCAAAUCAACAUCGCCAAGGUUGAUGAAGAUGGUCGCGCUAUUCCAGGUGAAUACAUCACUUACGCUUUGUCCGGUUACGUCAGAGCUAGAGGUGAGGCUGAUGACUCCUUGAAUAGACUAGCUCAAAACGACGGUUUGUUGUCUAACGUCUGGAGCUACUCCCGUUAG